UAAAUGGCGUUGGUAAAUUGGGCAAGUAAAUAUACUGUACAAACAAUGUGUUUAAGUAAACACACAUCAGCAACCUUUCAUUUUAGCAAAAUGAAUUAGUAUCAAAAGUUAUGUAUUCUUUAAAUCAGUUCAAACUAAUCAACAAUCGUACAAAAAUGCAUGGAGGAAAAUUUAAAGGUUUCAUCAGUUUGCUUCUGGUCAUAACAGCUAAAGCAUCUAACCCAACAUCUGUUGUCAUUGGUGACUUGGAAUAUUUGUUGCAUCGGUUUGAUAAUCAAAAUGGAAGGCUUAAUUAUUAUGACGCAUAUACAGCUUGUGCACACGAAGGUGAAAAACUGGCAAUAAUUAACGAUGCAAAUAUACAGAAUGCAAUACAACAACAACUUGAACUGUGGAAGCAUUACCCAAAUGAUGGUUGGAAGGGUUUGUACAGAGGUUACUGGAUUGGAGGGUCUUGUAGCUACAAUUGCAAAGUUAGUCAAGGAGGUUUAGUGGCAAACGAACCAAGCUGGAAAUGGAACAAUGGUUUUGAUAUGUUUGGUGGAUACACAAACUGGUACUCACCUCUGGACCCUAAUGGUGGUUCCAAUCAGGCAGCAUAUAUUUAUAACUUUGAUGAUAUGCCAGAAUAUCAAAACAUAUUUGGAGCAUGGGGAGAUGAUGAUCUCCAUAGCUACAAGAACUACAUUUGCCAAAGAGAUAAACCUGGUAAUUCAGACCCCUGUCAGAAUGGUGGUACAUAUCAGUCAACAUCUAGUGGAAGUUAUACUUGUCAUUGUAAGCCCGGGUUUAGUGGUGGAAAUUGUGAAACUGCUGAUUCAACAUCUGUUUUCGUUGCCGAUGUGGAAUAUUUGUUGUAUCGGUUUGAUGAUCAAAAUGGAAGACUUGAUCACAAUGAUGCGAACACUGCUUGUGUAAAGGAAGGUGGAAAACUGGCAAUAAUUAAUACUGUAGAAAUACAGAGUGCAAUACAACACCAAAUUGAACUGUGGAAGCAUAAACCAAAUGAGGCAUGGAGUGAUUUGUUUAGAGGUUACUGGAUUGGAGGGUCUUGUAGUGGCAGUUGCAAAGUUAGUCAAGGAGGUUCAAUGUCAAACAAACACAACUGGAAAUGGAGCGAUGGUAGUGGCAUGUAUGAUGAAUAUGAAAACUGGUAUUCGCCCCUGGACCCUAAUGGUAGUUCAAAUGUUGCAGUUUAUGUUUAUAACUUUGAUGAUAUGCCAGAAUAUCCAAACAUAUUUGGAGCAUGGGGAGAUGAUUUUACGUUUAACCCAAAAAACUACAUUUGCCAAAGAGAUGACCAUUGUCAUCCAAACCCAUGUAAGAACAGUGGUACAUGUAUUGGAACGAAUGGUGGAUAUAAAUGCGAUUGUCCUGUUGGAGUUAUUGGUACAUAUUGUGAAACAGAGCUAUGCAGGAAGGACACUUGUAAAAAUGGUGGGAAUUGCAUCCAAACAAGUAGUGAAGCUAAGUGUGAAUGCCAGUCUGGAUAUAUUGGUUCAAGAUGUGAAAUAGACUUAUGCGCCUCUAAUUCUUGUCAAAAUGGUGGAACUUGUGUUGGAACUGAUAGUGGACAUAUAUGCAGUUGUCCAGUGGGUUUUAACGGCGCAAAUUGUGAAACAGAUAUUUGUGAUUUGGAAAUAUGUCAGCAUGGAGGAACAUGUCAACAUGCUGCUGUAACUGGUUUUAAGUGUGAAUGUAAGAAAGGCUACGAAGGGACAACUUGUCAAAUAGAUAAAACAUGGAUACCAAUAGUAGCUGGUACAUUGGGUGGUUUUGUACUGCUAAUUAUUGCAGUGACUAUUUGCUGCUGUGUCAAGAAGAAAAGAUCAGCACCAAGUUCAAAAAGAACAAAUAGAAACAGUAACAAUACUUCUAACAUGUCAAGAGAGGUUCGACAAUCUGAUUCUCAAAUUGGACUAGGCAUAUACGGUAACAUUGUAAGCAAUACAGACGAAGAGAGUACGACAUGAAGUUAUGUUAGGUCAUGUUUAAGUCAUGUUAUUAUGACAAUUUAUUAUUUUAACAUAUUUGCGCAUACAAAUGACCUAAAAUUUCUAAUUUAGCCAUGUAUUUUAUCCGCUACGGGGUAAAUUUUGUCAAAGUGUUUUAUUUUUGAAUUUGUAUUUAUGAUUUAUAUUAACUGUGUAAUUUUAGUUCACUGCAUAUUGUAUGUCUUCUGCAUUAAUCUUUAAGUCUUCAAUAUAAAAAGCCCAAUCCAUUGUUAGCUUUAUAUAUUAUAGUGUUGUUUAUCUAAUAAUAAUAUGUAUUAAAAUAAAUGUUUA